AUGGCGAGCGUCGGCUCCUCGCCCUGGCUCGGCCCGGAGCCGGACGGCUUCGACAGUCGGUUGCUCAGCGUGGGCGCGGAAGUCGAGAUCCACGGCGUUCAGAGCCGGCCAAUCCUCAAUGGGCGCCGCGGCCGCGUGCUCUUCGUGCCUGAGGAAGCAGGGGGGCGCGUGGGCGUGUACGUCGUUCCGGACCCCGAGGUCUGGGCGAAGGCGGGCUUCAAUACUCCCCCCGAGGCGAUUGCGCUGCGGCCCCAGAACAUCAAGCCGUGGUGCUGGCCCAGCGGAAAGGGGCCCCGCGCGCCCGCCGCGGUGGCCGGAGGGUGCUUCGCGGACGAGGCGGACGCGCGGAUGUUCUCUGAGAUCCUCGACCUGGCCAGGCUCUUCGUCCACGAGCUCCAGGGACGCUCUGACGUCACGAAAGAGGGCGGGGGCAUCCACUCCCUGCGGUCGUCCCCGGAGGGUCUCAUGACCAUCGCCGACCUCACCGACGACGCGCUGCUGUACUGGGACCUCAUGCCGGUGUCCCCGGGGGUGUUCGGCAGCAUGUCUGCCAGCCUCGCGGCGCAGCUGCAGGAACAGCGGAGCGGCGCCGGGAGCAGCGCGGAGCCGCCCCUGCGCGCGCUCGUCGAGGAGGUGACGUCGGGGCCGGACGUGUGGCGGUGGGGCCUCCCCGCCUGCCGUCUCGAGGGGGAGUUUAUCCUUGUGGAAGACUCAGACGAGGGGGCGGUGCUGGUGCUCGACGGGGGCGACACGGGGCACAGCGGGGUGUACCUGGCGCUCGGGAUCGCGGAGCCCAUCGUGCCCAAGAUCCUGCAGUCGGGCGCGCAGCUGCCAAUCAAGCUCCGCAUGCGACUCCUCCCCUUCCGCGGGCGCCUGGUCUACGACGGUACCAUGAUGGGCACGGGCCCCAUGGGCAGCCUCGCGCCGACGCCGCCGCGCGUCGCCGCGCGCGCAGCGGAGCGCGUCGCCCUCGCGAGGGCCGCCGGCACCGUCAUCACAGGCCUGCACUCCACCGCCGGCCCGCCGGCGGCCCUGACGGACGACGAAGGCUCCGACAACGUGAGCGCGGACGCGGGGGGCAGCCCGCCCGAAGGCAUCACGUCCGAGGUCCGCGAGGCGUGGCUGGCGCUGCAGGCGGCACAGAAGAUGGAGGGCCCGCCGUGGACGAUGCGUAGAAUGGCCUACUCGGAGAAUCUGAACCGCAACCACCUGUACGCGUGGGUGGCAGCGCCGAGGAUGGUCGGGGGCGGCGCGACGCGCGCGCUGAACCCCACGCCCGAGGAGGUGCUGCUGGGGCUCGUCGAGUGCGUCACCAGGUCCGGCGGGCGGGCGCCGAAGGCCAUCAAUGUUGACAGCAAGGUGGCGAUUCGGGGCACGCGGGCGCUCCUGCGCGGUACCGGCGUGGUCGUUGGGUACUACCCGCCUGGACACGCGUAG